CGAAAAGAAGUUCUAAAAAAUGGCAAAAAUGACCCCAAAAUGGUUUACCCCAUGUGUUCUCUUUACUCUUUUGGUGUUGCCAUUAGUUACCAGUGCUGGAUUGGGUGCAUUGGGUACCAUACUGGGAGAUGUUCUAGGCGUCGUGCAGGACCUACCUAGUGUUGUAACGAAUCUGUUGAGUAAUUUACAAAUUGUGAACGACUUGUUAACAACUGUGGAUACUGUUCCGUCUAUUGUUUCCAAGACUUUAAGUGAAGUGGAAGACUUGUUGUCAAGUAUCACGAAAGACACAUCUCAAAAUGAGAUAUUGUCAAUUUUAAAUAACGUGUUGAACUUGUUGUCAAGUAUUUUAAAUGUUGUCCCUGGAAUUGUCCUACCUAUUAUCAGCGAUUUGACUACUGCAUUAUCAAAACUAUUGUCAACUCUUUAAAAACUUUCUAAUUGCAAUACAUGCAAAAUUAUAAUCAAAUAUAGCAGCAUAUAAAAAAAUCAAAAAUUUA